AUGCGGUGUCCUUCAGGUCUCCGUAGUCUUUCGUUAUGCUUCCUCGCGAGCGCGGCGUCGGCCUCCGUAUUACACCCUCGCGAUCCCGUCCCGCAGGGUUUUGUCGCCGCCCCGUAUUACCCGACCCCUUACGGUGGCUGGGCCGACGACUGGGCCGAGAGUUACGACAAAGCUGUGAAGUUGGUGUCGCAAAUGACUUUAGCUGAGAAAAUUAACUUAACUGCUGGACCCUGCGUUGGAAAUACUGGUAGUGUACCACGACUGGGAUUUCCGCAAUUAUGUUUGCAGGAUGGCCCUCUAGGUGUACGAACAACAGACAACAUUACUGCUUUCCCCGCUGGUAUCACUACUGGAGCAACGUUCAACAAGGAUCUUAUAUACGAAAGGGGCGUGGCCCUUGGUGAGGAAUUCAAGGGCAAGGGGGCCAACUUUUAUUUGGGACCAUGUGUUGGACCUCUAGGAAGGAAACCGAGAGGCGGCCGAAACUGGGAAGGCUUCGGAACUGAUCCCGUUCUUCAAGCUAUUUCCGCAGCUCAGACGAUUAAAGGUGUACAAGAUCAGGGGGUGAUUGCUGCGUUGAAGCAUUUAAUCGGGAAUGAGCAAGAGCUUUACCGCAUGUACAACCCGUUCCAGCAAGCCUACAACGACCGAGCACUACACGAAUUAUACCUUUGGCCAUUUGCAGAGGGCGUAAAGGCCGGAGUUGGUUCAAUAAUGGCCUCAUAUAACGCUGUCAAUGGCUCUGCUUCUUCUCAGAACAGUUAUAUUCUCAACGGGCUGCUGAAGGAUGAACUUGGCUUCCAAGGUCUUGUCAUGACCGAUUGGCUUGCUCAGAUUUCCGGCGUUGCCUCUGCCCUCGCCGGCCUCGACAUGUCUAUGCCCGGAGAUACGAUUGGAAACAAUGUACCUCUGUUUGGCUACUCUAACUGGAUGUACGAACUUACACGAUCGGUCCUAAAUGGUUCUGUGCCUGUUGAUCGAUUAAACGAUAUGGCUACGCGUGUUGUUGCUACGUGGUAUCAACUUGGCCAAGAUAAGGACUACCCACCUCCUAACUUUUCUUCAAAUACCGCGGAUCGUGAAGGGCCGCUCUAUCCUGGUGCCCUCUUCUCUCCUGUCGGUGUCGUCAACGAAUACGUCAAUGUCCAGGCCGACCACAAAGUCGUCGCUAAACAAGUGGCUCAAGAGGCGAUCACGCUACUAAAGAACAAUGGCAGCUUCCUGCCAAUAUCAACUUCAGCACCUCUCUUCGUAUUCGGGACUGACGCACAGGCUGACCCUAAGGGUAUCAACUCGUGCACGGACAAGAGCUGCAACAGAGGUCUGCUAGGUAUGGGAUGGGGUUCGGGAUCAGCCAACUACCCCUAUAUAGACGACCCAAUUAGUUCGUUCAAGCGAAAAGCGAAAAACGUUACGUAUUACGCUACAGAUAGCUUCCCCUCCGUCCCAGAGCCGACUGGGGACGAUGUCGCUGUCGUGUUUAUCACCUCUGACUCUGGUGAGAAUACAUAUACUGUUGAAGGCAACCAUGGAGACCGCGACGAGAGUGGACUUAAGGCAUGGCAUAACGGCGAUGAGCUUGUUCAGAAAGCAGCCGCGAAGUACAGCAACGUUGUUGUCGUUGUUCACACCGUUGGCCCCAUCAUUGUGGAACCUUGGAUCGAUCUUCCUUCAGUCAAAGCCGUGUUGAUAGCCCAUCUUCCCGGACAGGAAGCUGGCGAUUCGCUAACUGAGAUCAUAUAUGGCGAAGCAGCCCCUAGCGGCCACCUUCCAUACAGCAUUCCCGUUUCCGAAAACGAUUAUCCUGACAGUCUCAACCUGGUUGCCACGCCUCUUAGCCAGACGCAGGAUACGUACUCGGAAGGCCUAUACAUCGACUACCGAUACUUCAAUAAGCACAAUAUCAAGCCGCGCUUUGCUUUCGGUCACGGCCUUAGCUACGCGUCCUUCAGCUUCUCUAACGCCACCAUCACCCGCGUAACGGAGCUAUCGGAGGUUCCACCGGCUCGACCAGCAAAGCCCAAAUCUCCCGUUGCCAGCCUCAAUACCACCAUCCCAUCUGCGUCGGAAGCGUACUUCCCCGACGGCCUCGACCGCAUCUGGAGGUACCUGUACCCGUGGCUGCCCAACGGCGAAGCCGACGCGGCGUACAAGGCCGGCGCGGGCGGCGACAAGAAUUACCCGUACCCGGAGGGCUACUCGGACCAGCAGAAGGAAGACGCGCCGCCGGCGGGGGGCCCCAGCGGCGGCAACCCGGCGCUCUGGGACGUCGCGUACACGGUCCAAGUCACGGUGACGAACACGGCCGAGCAGGGCACGACGGGCGGCAAGGCGGUCGCGCAGGCGUACGUGCAAUUCCCCGCGGACGCGAGGGUCGACACGCCCGUCAUCCAGCUGCGUGACUUCGCGAAGACGCGGGCCGCGCUCGCGCCCGGGCAGAGCGAGACGCUGGUGCUGAGCCUCGCACGCAGGGACGUGAGCGUCUGGGACGUCGCGCGGCAGAACUGGGUGGUGCCGAAGCCGGACGGGAGGUACAAGGUGUGGAUCGGGCAGGCGAGUGACGAUUUGCCGGUCGUGUGCUACUCGGAUAGCUUGGAGUGCGAGACGGGCGUCGAGGGAGGGCCUUCCGUUUAG